UGCAAAAAUCUACGAUUCCCAGGCAGGGCUGCUAUUAUCAUUUCUGCUGCCUGUCUUGGACUAAGGAAGGGUUAAAACGAAGCUGAGGAAAGCGAUUCCUAGAGAGGAAGGAAAUUUGGAAAGGAGAGGGGGGAGCGUGUCCUCUAAAGCAAAAGACCCCACCCCCUUCACCCCUCCAGCUUUGCAAAAGAAACCUUGGAGAGAAGCCGGAGGUUUGGUGCGCGCAAGGAACGCAAAGAGUAAAUUCCUUGAAGGUGGUGCGCCUCCACUUGGGGAAAGUGGCCUUUGUCCUUUCCAACCGGGUGUGUGUGGAUCUGAAUCCUGUGCUUUUGAAGCGGAGGCUGUACAUUUCACCGAGAAUACCCUGAUGGAUUCGGAUCAAAGGGAAGCCCUGGAGGAGAAGCCUGGAAUUGUGGCCUUUCUGGGACAUGACAGGAGAGAGAAGGAGAAUGAAGAUGAACCACACAGGGUGUUGUUAGACAGAAUCAGAUGUGAAGAGGAGGAAGAAGAGAGAACAAAACCUGAAGCAAAACACACACUAAGCGAAUCCUCUGCUUUUCAGAGCGCUGAGAUUUCUGAAAUCCCAGUCCAAGAAAACACAAGCGAAGGAGAGGAAAGGAGCCAGUGCCUUGUGUGUGGGGAAAGCUUUACCUGCAAAUUGAGCCACAUUGCUCAUUGGAAAAUCCACACAGGGGAGAAACCAUUUAAAUGUUCGGACUGUAACAAAAGCUUCAGUGAUAAGUCAACCCUUAGAAAACACCAGAGAAUCCACACGGGUGAGAAACCAUAUAAAUGCAUGGAGUGCGGACAGAGCUUCAGUCAGAGCACAAGCCUCACUUCCCACCACAGAAUCCACACAGGGGAGAAGCCCUAUAAAUGCUUGGAGUGUGGAAAGUGUUUCAGCACUUGUAAAUAUCUCACUAUUCAUCAGAGAAUCCACACAGGAGAGAAACCAUUUAAAUGCCUGGAGUGUGGAAAGAGCUUUAACAGGAGAGAUGCUCUUACUUCACAUCAAAAAAUCCACACAGGGGAGAAACCAUACAAAUGCUUGGAGUGUGGAAAGUGCUUCAGCAACAGCAAGUAUCUCACUUCACAUCAGAGAAUCCACACAGGAGAAAAACCGUUUAAAUGUUUGGAGUGUGGGAAGUGUUUUAAUAAGAGGGAUGGCCUUGUUGCACACCAAAAUAUUCACAGAGGGGAAAAACCAUAUAAAUGUUUGGAGUGUGGGAAGAGCUUCAGUAGCAGCAAGUACCUGACUUCUCAUCAAAGAGUCCACACGGGAGAAAAACCUUUUAAAUGUGUGGAGUGUGGGAAAAGUUUCAGGCAGAAGAUAAAUCUCACUACGCAUCAACGAACUCACACAGGGGAGAAACCGUAUCCGUGCUUGAAGUGUGGAAAAAGUUUUAGCCAGCAGACUAACCUUACUGCACAUCAGAAAAUCCACACAGGGGAGAAACCCUAUAAAUGUUUGGAGUGCGGAAAGAGGUUCAAUCAUAGCACAAGCCUCACUUACCAUCAACAACUUCACACGGGAGAGAAACCCUAUAAAUGCGUGGAGUGCGGGAAAAGCUUCAGUACGAGCACCAGCCUUACUUCACAUCAAAUUAUCCACACGGGGGAGAAACCCUAUAAAUGUCUGGAGUGUGGAAAGCGGUUUAGCGAUCGCAGAAAUCUCCGUUCACAUCAGAGAAUCCACACAGGGGAGAAGCCGUAUGUGUGCUUGGAGUGUGGAAAGAGGUUUAGUCAUAGAACCAACUACAGUUCACAUCAGAAAAUCCACACAGGGAAAAAAUCUUUUAAAUGCUUGGAGUGUGGAAAGUGCUUCUUUUUCAGCACCAGUCUGAUUUCGCACCAAACUCUCCACACAGGGGAGAAACCGUAUAAUUGUUUGGAAUGUGGGAAGAGCUUCAGUAGCAACAAAUACCUCACGGCUCACCAACGAAUACACACGAGGGGGAAGCCAUUUAAGUGCUCAGAGUGUGGAAAGAGCUUCCGUCAGAGUUCAGACUUCACUUCUCAUCAAAGAACCCACACGGGGGAGAAACCGUACAAAUGUCUGGAGUGUGGAAAGAGGUUCAGUACUAGCAAAUAUUUGACUUCCCACCAACGGAUUCACAGCGGGGAGAAACCAUAUACAUGCUCGGAGUGUGGUAAGAACUUCAAUCACAAGACAAAUCUCACCAAACAUCAGAGAAUCCACAGAGCAGAUAAACCAUAGAACUGUUAAGGAAUGCAGAAUUUCUUUAAUCUAAUCCUGAGGUCUGUUUUGGAAUUGCUGUUGGUGAAUGUACUGGUUACAGGUAGGUAGCCGUGUUGGUCUGGAUCGAAGUAAAAUAAAAAAAUUCCUUCAGUAGCACCUUAAAGACCAACUAAGUUUUUAUUUUGGUAUGAGCUUUCGUGUGCAUGCACACUUCUUCAGAUAUGUACUGAAUCUUAAUCCAAGAUGGAGGCCCUAUUGCUAGGGGUGCUGGCGACUUUGAGACUGAGUUACGGAAAAGGCAAACAAAAAUUCCUGAAUUGUUGGGUUAGGCAACGCAACACAUCCUCAAUUCUCAUCCACAAAUUCACUCAGGAGAAAAAUGAGAUAACUGAUCUUAGUACAGAAAGCACUACGCCAGGGAAACACCAUAUAAAAGCCUGGUGUACAGAAGUUUUUCUUGGAAGACCAUUGUCACUAGAAAUCAAAGAAUCCACACAGCAGAGAAACGACAGAAAAGCCAGGGGUGCAGAAUGACUCGGAGCAGAACUGGUUUCUCUCUGGUUUUCUUGAACUACAUGCUCCUUGGUUGGGGCUGGUGGAAGUUGCAAUCUGGAGGGCACCAGGUUGGAGCACAGCUGAACUAUAGUCACAGCACAAUCCCCGAGUUAGUUUUGGAGUGGCCAGUAUUGACUGUAUCGAAUUCUAAUCGACAUGAGAGAGCUGCUAUUGGCUGAGAUUCUUUGUGGGGCUCCCCCUCUUUCAAAUGGAGUCCACACCAAACAUUUAAAUCACCACGAUGCCACUUUUUAAAAAAUUCAUGGCAGAGAGUUGUUAGGAGAACCUCUGUUCCCAUCAGAGAGCUACAAUUCCCAGAAUUCUCUCUGAAGACUGACUGUUAAACCAGUCUGGGAAUUGUCGUUCUGUGAGGGGGCAGCUCUAAAUGCCUCUAAUAAUUGAUGUGUAUGUUGCUGCUGUUGUUUAGUAAUUUAGUCGUGUCCAACUCUUCGUGACCCCAUGGACCAGAGCACGCCACACACUCCUGUCUUCCACUGCCUCCCACAGUUUGGUCAGAUUCAUGCUGGUGGCUUCGAGAGCACUGUCCAACCAUCUCAUCCUCUGUUGUCCCCUUCUCCUCAAUCUUAUAGCUAUGAAAAUCUAACUCUGAUCGGGAGAACAAUCUGUAACACAGCCACUAAAAGGGGGGGGGGAUUCUAAUGGAAGCAAAUUCUAAUGCUGAACACGAUCAUUGGCUUUCCCAACAUCAGGGUCUUUUCCAGGGAGUCUUCUCUUGUCAUGAGGUGGCCAAAAUAUUGGAGAAUCUUUCCUUCCAGUGAGCACUCAGGGCUGAUUUCCUUCAGAAUGGAUAGAAUCAUAGAAUCAUAGAAUAGGAUAGGUUUGAUCUUCUUGCCGUCCAUGGGACUCUCAAGAGUCUCCUCCAGCACCAUAAUUCAAAAGCAUCCAUUCUUCGGCGAUCAGCCUUCUUUAUGGUCCAGCUCUCGCUUCCAUACAUCACUACUGGGAAAACCAUAGCUUUAACUUUACAGACCUUUGUCGGCAAGGUGAUGUCUCUGCUUUUUAAGAUGCUGUCUAGGUUCGUCAUUGCUUUUCUCCUAAGAAGCAGGCGUCUUUUAAUUCCGUGACUGCUGUUACGAAUUGAUGUCAAAACAAACAAUUAAAAAAAAUCCUUCCAGUAGCACCUUAGAGACCAACUAAGUUUGUCGGUGCUACUGGAAGGAAUUUUUUUUAAUAAUGUUUUUGUUUCGACUACGUCAGACCAACAUGGCUAUGUAACGAAUUGAUGUGUAUACUUAACUGAAAUGUGUUACUGAACUUACUGAAAAUGUAUUGUCGUUGUUACCAUUUAGCAAAUUAAUGCAUCUAUCUGGAAGUUGUUAAAGUUGUUAGGAGACCCCAAAUUCUCCUUACAGAGCUGCCAGUCCUGGAGGUCCCUGUAAAGAACUGAUUGCUAAAUCACUCUGGGAACUGUGGCUCCAUGAGGGGAUUCGGGAGUCCCAGUGCAGAUAAUAACAAAUAAAGCACAGUUGGAAUCAUAGAAUCGCAAGGGUCAUCUUGUUCAAGAAUUCUGCUCCAAGCUGUCCCUAGGUGGGCUCGAACCACCAGCCUUUCGGUUAACAGCCAGAAACACUGACUUAUUGGCCCACAUGAGACUUUUAAAGCAACUUCCGAAUCACAGAAUAAGAUGGGUCCUAAAAAAUCUGAGGUAUCGAAAGCCAGGGCAAAGAGGAUUGUCUUUCGAGGGAGGGGGGGAAUGGACCACUUGGAAAUUGAUGAGGGUCUUGACAGAUCUUACCAAACAAUCUCCCCUCCUCACAACACUUUUUUGGUGCAAAUCCAUCGUUUUAGGGAAGCUAUUUUAAGAUCCCACAUCUACUGUGGCACAAAUUCCCCCUGCCAUUUAAAUGGAUUAAUGCCUUUCUACCUUUAAUCAUACAUGUCCCAGAAAUUCA